AUGACUACAACAAGGGCCUCGGUCUAUGUCAAACUCCCACAAGAGGGCGACUUCAUCCGCCUUCUUGAACUCUUCCCUGGCAAUCAGUCCGAGCAACUCUCGGGAAAACUUGUCGUCCACGACCUCCUUGACACUUCGCGGGCUUACACCGCAACUUCGUAUGUAUGUGGCAAUGACAGCCGUUCGGAUCAUUACGUCCUUAUUUCGGGUACCCGACUAGGUAUUUACAAGAACGCUGAUGAGGUGCUUCGCCGUUUUCGCUCAAUCGAGGAAACAGUAUCUCUGUGGAUUGAUGUCGCGUGUAUCGACCAGGACGACCCUCUCGAAAAAGCCCGUGAGGUGAGUCUAAUGUACAAGGUAUACCAGAAUGCAUCAAAGACGAUGGUCUGGAUGGGACCGUCCGACGACAGCUCACGCACCGCCAUCACGUAUGCAAGAAGCCUCAAAGCCCAGACAUUCUUGGACGAAUACAUGCCGUACGUUACGCAAUUUGGCUACAGCUUUUAUCACGAGACCAAGUCGUUCGUCCUCGACAUGUUUGACGCACAUCCGCAGAAGGAGACCACAAUCAAUGCUUGCGCCGAAUUCCUUCUCAGACCGUGGUUCACCCGUGUCUGGACAGAGCAAGAGGCAGCCAUGAGUCCUGUGCCGGUAGUGGCGUGUGGAGAAGACGAGAUACCAUGGGCGCAGAUAUUCGCCCUGGCGUGGAUCUUCCAGCCGAAAGUCACCAUGGCAUGGCCGGAUUGGUUCCUACCAGACCAGGGCUAUGACGUGCUGGAGCCCAAUCUCUUUGCUGUGACCGGCAUUCAGAAGUUUCGGGUUCGACAGAUGUUGGUGGACAGCAAUGCUCCGUCACGCUUUGUCCUGUCAUUGACAGAUGCGAUGCGCGUGGCGUGGCGUCAAAGGUGCUUCGACCCCAGGGACAAGAUUUUCGCCAUGCGCAAUAUCGCGUCCGACCUCCAAGCCGAUGACUGGGCACCACAGCCUGACUACACAACUCCAUGGCAGGAACUGUAUGUGGAUUUUGCCAUGCGGAUGGCAGAGAGGGGCAACCCAGAAGUCCUUGGGUGGUCCGGGCCCUGGACGCAGUACAUCAACCACAUCGAAUGGUGCGCUGGCGGGAAAGGGUUUACUGCAAAGGCUGAAAGAAUACCUAAAAAACGGCGCGGGCUUCUUGAACAUCUGCUCUGGGAGGAGGGACAGGUGAGGCACUCGGUAAGCUAUAGCUUACAGGUCACUGUGCUCAUGAUGGAUGCGUGCGUGUUUCUCGGUGGCACCAUACCAAAGUUGAAGCGGCCCAACGACAUUCAAGAGCUACGUCAAGACGUGGCAGACAUCGAUGCCAGGACACAGUCAUUCAUCAAUGCUCUCCCGUCGUCAGAAUACAUAACUUCCGAGGGCGUUCUGGACGCACUGAACAAGACUCUCAUAGCCAAUACUACGGACGAAGAUACACUGGCCGAUACACGGUAUGCGGUUGAUGGCGCGUCUCAAUGGCGUUUGUGGCUGUCAGAUGGAGCGGAUCUGAGUAGGGCACCCAAAUACAAUGACGCUCUCGACAACAUGGACACAUUCAGAUUGAAGCAAUUCGGGGUCUCGGAGCGAGGAUAUUUCUGCCUGGUACCCGGCAUCGUCAAAGUUAAUGAUGUUGUGGCGAUCGUGAAAGGAUACGAUAUGCCCGUUGUGCUACGACCAAUUGCUGGAAGACACCACUAUGUCCUGUUGGGUGAUUGUUAUAUCCACGGAAUGAUGGAAUUCAUGGCUGGGACCUUGAUCGAAGAAUUUCGUGUCAAGAUACAACGGGAUGGAGGAAAGCCUGUGUGGAACCCGGCAGGAGAUGUAAGAAGAAAUGGUAAGAAUAUGGAUGCUCGGGAAUACGUGAGGAUAAUCGAGACCUUGGGCGAGCGACACGUCACGCUCAUCUAAACUGCAGAAGAUCAAUCGACUUUCUAGGACCUUGCCGGAAGCAUUGCUACCACAUGUGUCACGCGUUCUU